AGGGCGCGCGCGCAGCUGGCGUUUCCUCGGCGCGGAGGAGGGGAAGGAAAUAAGGGGGGGUCGUCAGCUUUGGUGUCUGUGUUGGCCAGUUCUGAAAUCUCCUUGAAGGAGCCCUACAUUGAGGAAGAUCAAAGCAGCAGUCUUUGCCAACUGGGGAAUGGACCGUUUGAGUUCCUUUAGCAAUGAUCCCUCUGAUAAGCCACCUUGCCGAGGCUGCUCCUCCUACCUCAUGGAGCCUUAUAUCAAGUGUGCUGAAUGUGGGCCACCUCCUUUUUUCCUGUGCUUACAGUGUUUCACUCGAGGAUUUGAGUACAAGAAACAUCAAAGUGAUCAUACUUACGAAAUAAUGACCUCAGAUUUUCCUGUUCUUGACCCCAGCUGGACUGCUCAAGAAGAAAUGGCCCUUUUAGAAGCUGUGAUGGACUGUGGCUUUGGAAAUUGGCAGGAUGUAGCCAAUCAAAUGUGCACCAAGACCAAGGAGGAGUGUGAGAAGCACUACAUGAAGCAUUUCAUCAAUAACCCUCUGUUUGCAUCUACCCUGCUAAACCUGAAGCAAGCAGAGGAGGCAAAGACUGCUGACACAGCCAUUCCAUUUCACUCUACAGAUGACCCUCCCAGACCUACCUUUGACUCCUUGCUUUCUCGGGACAUGGCAGGAUACAUGCCAGCUCGAGCAGAUUUCAUUGAGGAGUUUGACAAUUAUGCAGAAUGGGACUUGAGAGACAUUGAUUUUGUUGAAGAUGACUCGGACAUUUUACACGCUCUGAAGAUGGCUGUAGUAGAUAUCUAUCAUUCCAGGUUAAAGGAGAGACAAAGGCGAAAAAAAAUUAUAAGAGACCAUGGAUUAAUCAACCUUAGAAAGUUUCAGUUAAUGGAACGGCGGUAUCCCAAGGAAGUCCAAGACCUUUAUGAAACAAUGAGGCGAUUUGCAAGGAUAGUGGGGCCGGUGGAACAUGACAAGUUCAUUGAAAGCCAUGCAUUGGAAUUCGAACUCCGAAGGGAAAUCAAGAGGCUCCAGGAAUACAGGACAGCAGGCAUUACCAAUUUUUGUAGUGCCAGAACCUAUGAUCACCUCAAGAAGACUCGAGAAGAGGAACGCCUCAAACGCACCAUGCUCUCGGAGGUUCUCCAGUACAUCCAGGACAGUAGCGCCUGCCAGCAGUGGCUUCGCCGGCAGGCUGACAUUGAUUCUGGCCUGAGUCCUUCCGUACCAAUGGCUUCGAAUUCAGGUAGACGAAGUGCACCGCCCUUGAACCUCACUGGCCUCCCUGGUACAGAGAAGUUGAAUGAAAAAGAAAAGGAGCUCUGUCAGAUGGUGAGGUUGGUCCCAGGAGCCUAUUUAGAAUACAAAUCUGCUCUAUUGAACGAAUGUAACAAGCAAGGAGGCUUGAGACUGGCACAGGCAAGAGCACUCAUCAAGAUAGACGUGAACAAAACCCGGAAAAUCUAUGAUUUCCUCAUCCGAGAAGGAUACAUCACUAAAGCCUGAGGCUCUCCGGGUCUGGUGGGCCAAAGGACAGUACGGGCAUUCUGGAGUUUUGUUUUUGAGCUGAAUUCUCCUUGUAAAAAGAGGGGAAGAACAAAGGAAACCUUAAGUUGUAUUAAUGUCUACUUUCUUCUCCACCCUGCUUUAAAAUACUCCUGUUGUUGGUAUUGUGCUGCAGAGUUAUGUGCUAGAUAAGCUAUUAUUAAUUGUGUGUGGGCAUUCAUUCCUAACACCUCUUGUAACUAAAACAAGAACCAUAGUACCUCACAUCACAGUGUUGGUAGAAAUAGAACUGAACCAGUCUUUAGUCCCAGGAGUCCAGCGCAGAUCCUUGUACUUGCUUGGGAGGUUGGUUUUCUGAUUAUCUGUUUUGCCUUCAAACAUUAGAGACAGAUUUAAAAUAAAGAGGUUAUAGAGAGAGAAAGCUUUCUCUUUCUGUCUGAGGAUUCUUUUAAGCUGACAACUUAUGUUUAUUAGCAAAGAGGAGGAAAAUCUCCCCGUGAUGGUCUUGUCCCAAACUGCAUCUUCAACUUUAAUGUCUGGCUUUGUAAGUUGCAGUCUGGCUGUCUAGUCUGCAGUAGACUUUUGAGGAGGUGGCACUGGAUAUAAAAUGUCUCUGUUAUUUUUAGAAUUAAUGGAUUAAAAUGUUUUGCUACUUAA